GCGGGCGGCAGCGCCGCGCGCGGGACUGCAGCCCCAUGGAGAAGUACAGAGCUCUCGAGCAGCUGCUCACAGAACUUGAAGACUUUCUGAGGAUCCUGGACAAGGAGAACUUGAGCAGCACGGCUGUUGUGAAGAAGAGUUUCCUGUCUGACCUUCUGCGGGUGUACACCAAGUCCAGCGGUGGUGAUGAGGAGUAUAUUUACAUGAACAAAGUGACCAUCCAUAAGCAACAGGGUGACCAAGAGAAACAAGACCAAGCUCUGGAUCGGAGAGACUCCUUGAGCAAUGGAGACGUAGGAGUGCACUCGUCCCCUCCGCAGAAGAGCCUGCCAGACCUCCCCCCUCCAAAGAUUCCAGAAACAAAACAACCUUUGGUCCCCAAGAUUGAAUCCCCAGAAGGCUAUUACGAAGAGGCUGAGCCAUAUGACAUCUCUGUAAAUGGUCUUUUUGCUAGGCUUGCUGCGGCUGGACCGAGGCCAGCGGUGCAGGUUACUGAGGGUGUUAUUUAUGCCACAAUAACGAUGGAAGAUGGUGAUGCAGUUAGCAGCUCGUACGAAUCUUACGAUGAAGAAGAGAGCAGCAAAGGCAAGUCAGCGACCCACCAGUGGCCAUCCACCGAGGCCACCAUUGAGCUGAUGAAGGAUGCCCGCAUCUGUGCAUUCCUGUGGAGAAAGAAGUGGCUGGGACAGUGGGCAAAACAGCUGUGCGUUAUCAAGGACACCAGGUUGCUGUGUUACAAGAGCUCCAAAGACCACAGCCCUCAGCUCGAUGUGAAUUUGCUGGGCUGCACUGUCAUUCACAAGGAGAAGCAAGUGAAGAAGAAAGAGCACAAGCUGAAGAUCAUCCCUGCGAAUGCCGACGUCAUCGUGCUGGGGCUGCAGAGCAAAGACCAGGCAGAGCAGUGGCUCAGGGUCAUCCAGGAGACAAGCGGUCUGCAGUCCGAAGGAGGCAGUGAAGGCAACCAGUACAUCCCAGAUUCCCAGCGUCUUUGUUACCCAAAGGUAGAGCUAUCCGAGAGGUAUUCUGCAGCCUCAGAGAGUGGGAGCAGCACAGAUGGACACCCAGAGACAACUGAAGCGAAAGAUGUCAAGAAGAAGGGAACAACUGGCCUAAAACUAAGCAACUUGAUGAACCUUGGGAGGAAAAAAUCCAGCUCCAUGGACAGCCCAGAGAGAUCUCUGGAGACUUCAAGUUACCUGAAUGUGCUAGUGAACAGUCAGUGGAAGUCCCGCUGGUGUCACGUAAAAGAUGGUCACCUCCAUUUCUACCAGGAUAAGAACCGAAGUAAAUUGGCUCAACAGCCCCUGAGUUUGGCAGGUUGUGAAAUUAUCCCAGAGCCAAUCCCUGAUCAUCUGUAUUCCUUCCAUAUCCUGCACAACGGGGAAGAACGGGUCACUCUGGAGGCCAAGUCCUCGGAGGAAAUGGGCCAUUGGCUGGGCCUUCUCUUACUGGAGUCAGGUUCAAAAACAGACCCGGAGGAAUUUACCUAUGAUUAUGUGGAUGCUGACCGAGUUUCCUGCAUUGUAAGCGCUGCAAAGAACUCCUUCUUCUUAAUGCAGAGGAAGUACUCGGAGCCCAACACCUAUAUUGACAACCUGCCAAAAGGGAGGACUCAGCAGGAGGAACUCUAUGACGAUGUGGACCUGCCCGACGUGCAUGGGGAAGUACCCAAGAGUGAAAACAAAUCUGAAGGGGACCAUGACAGAGUGUACCUGGAUCUCACGCCAGUGAAAUCUUUCCUGCACUGUGCUGGCAAGCAGUCAUGCCAGCUUUCACCUCGCAGCUCUCCCUCCUUAGAACGGGCUGCCAACAGGGGCUUAACAGAUACUGUACCCGAAACAGCCCUUGUGGCUAAGGAAGAUGAACCCUCCAGAAAGACAGUGGAAAUCUCGGAGCAGAAAAGCCCAGAGAAAGCAGAGCCCGAAGAGCUGCCGCCGAGGACGUCGACCAUCAAAAUCCAGACGGAGCAGCAGAAGAUCGCGUUCCCGCAGGCAGGCCCCGAGAUCACGGCCUACACCACGGUGCUGGGCAGCCCUCAGCUGCUGCCUGCACACAGGGACAGGCUGGAGCGGCCCAAGCUGCCACCGCCCACAGCAGCGGUGGAAACCAAGCUGGGCAAGAACAGGACGGAGGCUGAAGUGAAGCGAUUCACCGAGGAGAAGGAGCGGCUGGAGAAAGAGAAGGACGAAAUCCGAGCCCAGCUCACCCAGCUGCGGAAGGAGAGGCGGGAGCUGAAGGAAGUGCUAGCUGGUGGCACAGAUAAGAGCCUCGAGCAGAGGCUGAAGGAGAUAGAAGAAGAGUGCAAAAAGAAGGAGAGCAGGAGGGUGGACCUCGAGCUGAGCCUGGUGGAGGUGAAGGAAAACCUGAAGAAAGCCGAGUCUGGCCCUGUGACGCUGGGCACCGCUGUGGACACCACGCACCUGGACAACGCAGCCCCCAAGAUUCAAGUGAAAACCACCAGUCCAGCAAACAGUGUGGAGAAUUCACCAGUCAAUUCAGCAACAGCUUUAAAAAACAGGCCAUUAUCUGUCAUGGUGACAGGAAAGGGGACAGUUCUACAGAAAGCUAAGGAAUGGGAGAAAAAAGGAGCUAGUUAGAACUACAUUUUUCAAUGGUAGACUAAAGACUGGAAUUGCCCAUGCAUGGACAAGAAAAUUCAAUCAUCUGGAGACAGAGGUGGGAUGUGAAACACAAUCGCACGCCUAGCACCUCCUCCACAUCGUGUCAACUGUUCAGAUGCAACAGUGGAGCUAACAGCUGCCUAUACAAAUGACCAAUCAAGUGAUCUUGCUCUUCCCACACAAGUCCCAUCAAAAGAGUAACAACCAGUGGCAAUCCUUGCAUCAAAUUUCUAACCCAGUUGAUGUAAACAAGAAUGUUACUGUACAUAGGGAUGUUUUGUGUAUUUCUACUCUGAAGAUUUAUCAAUGAGUUAUUAAGGUUUCUAUAUUAGUGACAGUAGUGGAUUCAGAAUGGGCCUUUGCUCUUCUUUAUACCCCAAUGGUUUUCAAUCUGUAAAUUGAAAUAGUAAAUUACAGUCAAAUAAAGCCUCCCCAGUCUUGCUGCCUGUCAUCAUACAGCUGCAGAUGAUCCAGCCUUCAAUCAAGGGCAGGAAGGAGAAACCCAGACUGGAGGGAUGGUAGAAACACAAGUGAGAAGCACACAGCAACAUGUCCAGUGGGGAGACUCCUCUCAGUUGAUAGUGGGGAACUAGACCUAUAGAUGAAGCAGAGUUUUUUAAUCAGUGACCAGAUGCUCCAUAUCAUGUACUUAUUUCUACAAGGCUACCAACCUGGUGCAGGCUUUCAUUUUUCCAGAAUAUCAAGGAAAAUCCUUGCUCAUUUUCUAGCUCUGUAAGAUGUGUUACAGUCUGUUGGCAGUAAGAGCUCUGGACAAAGGAAGACCUCCUAAACAUAUGCAGUUAAUUUUCUGAAAAUACUGAGCUACUUAUUCUGAAAAUCCUAUGAAGGCUGGUACAUAAAUAGUCGAUGGUUGAACCUUUCAGAUGGGGAAGCUGCGCAGGAUGAGUGCAGGCCCAGAGGAGAGCCCGUGGCCCUAUCCAGCCUGCUGAAUGUGUCCGAUGGGAAAGGGGAGCCCUGGGAGCAGCAGCGUGGGGCAGGGCCGGGCUCAGAGGGGUGCAGGACCUGCUCUAGGAGUGCACAGGAAUAGGAGUGAAUAGGAGUGAGUCUGAAAUCCCUGCACUUUCCCUGGGACUUGUUGUCACCUCUGAUAGUCCUCCACCUCUUUCCGUCUUGCAGGCCUGGAAUCCAGGCUCAGUAACUGAGCUGACCACUGCAGCUGGUUUCUGCCCUUGCAGAGGUUGGGGCAGCAAAGGAAACCUGCCAGGGAUGCACAGGUUGCCCCGGGGGCUCUGUGGGUGCCCUCAUGAGCAGUACCCAAAGCCAUGAUAAGGACAGACAGGGAAAAUGCUAUUGCUUCCUCACCUCUAACGCAUGGCGGCCAGUGCUCCGUGCUGCUCAGCAGAGGGAAAGGUGCUGCUAGGCCCGUUUCAUCUGCAUGCUUUUACAGUGCUUGAACAUCUCUGUAAGGCCUGAGGCACAAGCCAGGCCCAAAGGGAUGGUCCUUCUUCUGAAGGACCUGAGUUAGGUACUGAAGCCCAGUUCGUGGGGCAGUGCAGGCCGAUGCCUCCAGGAACCACUGGGAGGAGCCAGGAAUUUGUGUGGGGAGGCUCUGGGCUCCAUGAGGCUCCUGUAGAGCCUGCAAGUGGCCCCAGGCCUGUUCAGAGUAGCCUGGAGGUGAGAAACGUGACCGACCUCCUGCUUGGAAGUAUCUGC